GUGGUGACAUUUUAGUAAAUAAGUGAUUUAUUUUAACAACAUUUUUGCAAGAAAUGAAGUUAUCUGCGUGUUACCACAUCGUUUUUGGAACACCGUUGUUGAACUGCAUUAUUCAAAGACGGGUUUUAUAAACACCGUCUUUGAAUCUCGCUUAAAUUUUCAUCUUUUUCCCUCAUUACCUCACUCAUUUUGCACUCAAUUUAUUUGGCUCGUAGAACAAAGCGGUGUCAUUGUGGUGCGAGGAUCCUCGCUGCGAUGUGUAGUCGAGGAACCCUUGCAAAAGCUCGAUCUUGUCCUUGUCAGUCCACAGCCGCUGAAACAGCUGCCGCGAGUCAUCCAGAGGCGGCGACGACUUUUUCUCCUCGAUUAGCUCUAGGCAACGCUGCUUCAGAUCGGAUGAGUCGGUGAGGACGAUGGUGGCGGUGGGCUUUGAAAUUGGAGUGCCGCCACCGUUGGAGACGAAGGAAUCGGGGACGGCGACGGUGACCGCGAGAGCGGUGGAGGGAGAGGGCACGUUUUCUUCGUCGUCGUCUUCUUCGUACUCUGCUGCACCUCCAGGUCUGUGCCCAACGGUGGGUACCGGAGGAGUAUUUGCAAAAUAAGCCUGUGACUAUGGCUUCCUAGUUAUGAUCUAGAAGACCUUUAUCAGUGAAGACACAAAAAAUUCCUGAUACCGGAGGAGUCAAAAAGCCAAAGAAGGCCAGGGUCAAGCAGAGCAAUGUCUUCUCCACAAAUUCCUAUACGUGAAAUCCCUACGUGGCUAAUGGAUUGGAUUCCAGAGGAAGGAGGAUAUCUGUUAGGGAAUCUGCAGCCACCUCACAUGGAUUUCAGGUUUUUCAUGCUAGGAAAUCUUUGGUCUAUUGUUUCCUCUUCUCCUCAAAAUUAUUUAUUUUUUCUGCUAUAUCAUAUAUACUUAUGGAAGUCAUUUUCUGCUAUAUCAUCUAACAAAGUUACUAGUUCAAUUAUUUGUAGUUAUUUAUUUAUUUACGAAUAUUGAAUGACCUUAAUCCUAACCAGCAAUGUCACUCAUUCUACAUAAUUAGAAAUCUAGAUGGCCCAUGAUGAGCAUGCUCUCAUAGAUACCCCAUUUCUAUUCUGCAACAUUAACAAUGCAGGGGUGAAUUUGCUCGAUUUGUUGCUGAUAAAAAGAGCCUCAAAAGCCUCAAGAUGGAAGGUUGUUCUAAUCUUGGAGGUUUUGUUCUUUGUUUGUCUAGUCUUUCUACCCUUUGGCUGUCUGAUUUAUACUCUCUGUCUAAAAUGGUGAUUAACUUUUCUAUCAUUUUUUAUUAUCUUGUGUGAUGUGAUCAAUUUCUUAAUUUGAUAUAUCCCUUUGAUCUUGUAUUCUGGUUCCUAUCUCCAUCCAAAUCUGUAUUCUAGUUCCUAUCUAAUCAAUUGAUCACAUUUCCAAUAGUCUACAGUAUCCAAUUUUUCUAUAUCUGUUUAACAGUUUAACUAACAUUAACAAUAAGUGAAUAGGAUUUUGGUGGAAAAAAACUCAAUCAACACACACAUGAUUGAAGUUGGAGUCUUUGUGCAAGCAAAUGCCAUGGAGCAGAGUUGGUGGGACUAAAAUAUUGGGAAAUGAUAAAGUCCAGGGGGAUCUUGGUUUUCAAUUAGCUCAUCAAUUGAUCAAAAAAGCAUUGACCAUCCCCGGGGCAACUGUUCAUUGGUAUGAUAAGCCAGUUGGUGUUCCCUUGGACAGCUUCUUUUAUCUUGGAGGACCGAACAUUGCCUCAGAAAUUUACAACAAGGAAUAUGCAAAUGCUCGGAUGUGUGGGGAAGAAAAAUGGAGGAAAACAUUGGUAAAGUUUUUGAGCUGCAUGGAGUGGAGAACUUCCACGACACUGAAAGCGGCUGAUCUGCAGGGAAUGGAAUUUGCAACAAAUGGUUAAGAAUUUCCACUUUCCCACUCUCAACUGCCGCACACUGUGGUGAUCGCUUUGGCUUGUUCAAACAAUGGACUGCAGCCAUAUCUGCACCGAAAAUCUCUUUAACCAAAUCAACAUGCCCACUGUAGACAGCCUCGUGCAAAGGAGUGUCACCAUGUUCAUUUCUUUCUCUUGUUAUUUCUUUAUCUUUCAUCUCAUCAUAUUUUGACUUAGAAGUGGCAUAAUGGGAGAGAAUGAACUUGACUAUAGUACUAGUAAAGUUCUUAGACCUCACAGCAACAUGAAGUGGAGUAUCGCCUCUUACGUUUCUCCUAAUAAGAAGCUCAGGAAAGUGAUGAGCAAUCAGCUCUGUAAUCUCUUCUUUCCCCAAAUCUGCUGCCACAUGAAGCAGUGAAUCACCUGCUAGGGUGACUUUAUCAAAAAUAUCAAAGUAGUCCCACUUGUGAAGCUGCAUCUGGACUUGGGAAUUGCAUAUUCUUCAGGUCCUCCAUGAUUUACGUAUGCUCAGUGAUAAACACCUUAAUCAAAUGCACUAAACUCAGAAAGAUUAAGGUUGCAAUGUAAUCGCACAGCUAAGGACUCAAAAUACCUGUAUAUACAAAUUAAUUAAGGAUACAAUAACACAUCUAUCUACAAAUUAUUUUAUUAAUGACUUCA